AUGGUCCCGGUUGCUGUUACUCCUCAACUGGAGCCUGCUGUGCUUCUUCCCGAAAGCAAUCAGUUUGAACCACAGACGCGGCCCAGGGGCCUGCGCCGGUGUCUCUGCCCCGGCUCUCUCUCCUACCCUCCCAAACACGCCAGCGAUUCGACGUCGAGCCUUUGA